AUUCCUACAAACUCUUUUGGUCAUCUCUCUGUAGCCAGGUUCUCUUUCAAGUGUAGCGCACAUUUUAAACUCAUUUCAGAAAAUCCACCGCCGUGAUGCGAACAUUACGAGUCGAUUCAGCGAGACGACCCGCUUGUGUAGGAACACGUCAUGUGUUGAGCUCACGUUACCAGUUUGUGUGGCAUUUAAAGAGUCCAUCCUCAGAGCGGAGAGCCCACUGCCGACCAACCGAGCCGAGACUGUGUGUGUGUGUGUGUGUGUGUGUGUGUGUGUGUGUGAGCGUGUGAGCGUGUGUGUGCCAGGCUGCAGCUUAACCACUCAGCCGUCCGGAGGUUUGAGGUGGGCGGAGACUGAAAGCCCGAGGUCUUCCCUUCCGCAGCGACGCACCGUGCAUUUCGGACUCGGCACCCGCACCCGUCCGAGGAGGGGGAAACAUCAUGGCUGCGACUACUUGUACGCGUUUUACAGAUGAAUACCAGCUGUACGAGGAGCUUGGCAAGGGGGCCUUUUCAGUGGUGCGCCGCUGUGUCAAACUCUGCACAGGCCAAGAGUAUGCUGCCAAAAUCAUCAACACCAAAAAGCUCUCGGCCAGAGACCACCAGAAACUGGAGAGAGAAGCCAGGAUCUGCAGAUUGCUCAAGCACUCCAACAUCGUUCGUCUCCAUGACAGCAUCUCAGAGGAAGGCUUUCACUAUCUCCUCUUUGACCUGGUGACAGGAGGUGAGCUGUUCGAGGACAUUGUGGCGAGAGAGUACUACAGUGAAGCAGAUGCCAGUCAUUGCAUCCAGCAGAUCGUGGAGGCCGUGCUCCACUGCCAUCAAAUGGGGGUGGUACACAGAGACCUCAAGCCGGAGAACCUGCUGCUGGCCAGCAAGUGUAAGAAUGCAGCAGUGAAGCUGGCCGACUUUGGCCUGGCUAUUGAGGUUCAAGGAGAACAGCAGGCUUGGUUUGGCUUCGCUGGGACUCCCGGCUACUUGUCCCCAGAGGUGCUGAGGAAGGAGGCGUAUGGUAAACCAGUAGACAUCUGGGCAUGCGGUGUGAUCCUUUACAUCCUUUUGGUCGGGUACCCUCCGUUCUGGGACGAGGACCAGCACAAACUGUACCAGCAGAUCAAAGCCGGAGCGUACGACUUUCCCUCCCCAGAGUGGGACACUGUGACUCCGGAGGCUAAAAAUCUGAUCAACCAGAUGCUGACUAUCAACCCAGCCAAGAGAAUCACUGCCCAGGAGGCUCUGAAGCACCCAUGGGUCUGCCAACGCUCAACAGUGGCCUCUAUGAUGCACAGACAGGAGACAGUCGAGUGCCUGAAGAAGUUUAACGCUAGGAGGAAACUCAAGGGUGCCAUUUUGACCACCAUGCUUGUCUCCAGGAACUUCUCUGUGGGUCGGCAGACUACAGCCCCCGCCUCCAUCAGCUCUGUGCCGGGUACCACCGGUGGCAUUGUGGAGCAAGCAGCCAAGAGUCUCCUCAACAAGAAGACUGAUGUCAAGCCCCAGACAAACAGCACAAGAAACAGCAUAGUCACCAGUCCCAAAAGCCACACCACUGCUGCACUGGAGCCUCAGACUACUGUUAUCUAUAAUCCAAUAGAUGGGACCAAGGGAUCAUCUGACAGCAGCAGCACCACUAUUGAGGAUGAAGAUGUGAAAGCUCGCAAACAGGAGAUCAUAAAGAUCACAGAGCAGCUUAUUGAAGCUGUCAACAAUGGAGACUUUGAGGCGUACGCGAAGAUCUGUGACCCUGGACUGACCUCAUUUGAGCCGGAGGGGCUGGGUAAUCUAGUGGAGGGAAUGGACUUCCAUAGAUUUUACUUUGACAAUCUCCUCUCAAAGAACAGCAAACCCAUCCACACCACCAUCCUCAACCCUCACGUGCACAUGAUUGGGGACGAGGCCGCUUGCAUCGCCUACAUCCGCCUGACCCAGUUUGUCGACGGGCAGGGCCAUCCCCGCUCCAGCCAAUCAGAAGAGACCAGAGUAUGGCACCGCAGGGAAAGUCGGUGGCAAAACGUCCACUUCCACUGCUCAGGAGCUCCUGCUGCCCCGCUGCAGGGAUGAGAUAUAUGAGACUAAUGAGCAGAGAAACAGAGAGGAACAGAGAAGAAAUAAGUGGAUAAUCUGAGAGAGCAGCACUGAGAGAGAGGUGCAUGUGGAUGGGGGGUUAGGGUUAAAGGAGCCGGAAGAGUCUGAUUUUGGGAUCGUCGACCUCCUGCACUCUGCACACCCACCUCGCUCUUCUCUCUCUGCCUCUACACAACCUCAACAACAGACAGUAACACCUAUGCCACCAUCAUUAAAACCCACACAACAGCAGAGGGCAUAUCAGCGGAAAAAAAGGAAACUCUUUAGCUUGCGUCUUGUCUUCAGUUCGUGGCUGCGACGCUGCAGCCGCCCAACACACCUGGACAACACCUGUCCUCUGCUGCAAAGCCUCCAGCGUGGUACUCUCCUGAUCAAGAUUUACCCUCUUAUUUCUUCUCAAACAUAAAGUUAUUGUCACUUACUUCUAGUAUUAUUAUGGCUGCAGUCUAUUGUUGUGCUCUUUCAACUGUACAGUAUAUUUAUUAGUCAUUUUGAACCUUUCAUUCUGGUAUCUUCUUCUUUUUUUAUGACGAGCAUGACUCUUACCUGUGUUCUUAUUACCUGUGGCUGUUUUUCUGCACGACUAAGGCUGCCUGUGUGAAAUGAACAAACAGUACCUCGUGUCUCGCGGAGAGAGACCAGUGGGUGUAUUUAAUUAUCCGUUUUGUUUUGUUAUUCAAUGGAGCUUUUUAUUUAUUUUUUCCCUGCUUUCUCUGGAGUGUAGUUGACCCUGAACCGACGCCUCCGUGUGUUGACCGGACCCCUCUGAGCCGCUCUGUGAGACAGUGACAACCAUGCAGCAUGCUAACAUAUUACUGUUGUUCUUAACCGAUUCUCUAUGUACUGAACAUUGCAAGCUAACUACAGAAAUUAUGACAAUGGUUGAAAUUAUAGUAUCACGCUGUUUAUGUAAAUUUCCAGUUUCAUAGUGGUGACUUAACUACAAUUACGCUGUAGAUGGUAUUUAAUUGCAUGAUAUUCCAAGUUAAUAACAUUGGUAAGUUGGGUGUUAUCGUGCAUUUUGUUGAUUUUUCUCUUUUUGGACUGAACUGCUAGUGAGCUAUAAUCUAUUGCCUCUAUUUUCUGGGCUUUGUAAGUGCAUAAACUAUUUUUGUGUUACUAUGAUAGUGUACUAGAUACUGGUGAGGAUCAUGACAGAAUAUGCCUUUUAAAGAAAUCGCUAGAUCCACAUCAGUUUUAAAACGUAUUUGAACUGUAUCAAAGACAAAAACACAGAGAUCCCAAUUACUCACUUUAUUUUUGUCACAACUCAAAUUUCACAUCAGGAUCUGAAUCAAGAUUAUUCUCGGCUUUCUUACACGCAGCUUUUUUAACUUUGCAGAAGAUACACAAUAAUGCGCUUGUAUUUUAAAAAGCUUUAAAAAUGCAUUAAUAUCGUCAGAACAAUUUGACCAGAUACCUAAAAUAAAGUCUUAAACUUGUUUUUAAUUGUUUUCAUUUGUAUGUAUUCAGUUGAUGUCUCAGUUAUAGUGUCCCAACAUAGAGGUCUCUGUCCUGUAAGAACCAUGUAUCUCCAAAAGGUCAAAAUACAGCAGACAAUUGUUUUCACCUUUGUGACAAUGCCCCCAAUCUCUCCUCAAGAGGGCGCCAACAUCUAACAACAGAGCAUUGCUGUGUAUCUGCGUCAAAUGCAGGGUUCAAAAUACAAAUGUGAUCUGUGUUGGGGAGAGUGGGACCCCUGAGUCUAAUAAGCAGUGUGAGAAAGACAAACUAAUACAGACAUUCGUCCCAAGAGUUAAUUUACUUCAUUUCAAACAGCAUUUAAAGUAUUUUACGAUUGCUUUUACAGAGUUUUAAUGUGCAAAGCUGUUAUUACAGUAAACAAAAGAAAGCAAAUAAGAGUACAGAGGAUGAAAUAAAAGACAAAUACUGAACAAUACAAUAAGAUAAAAACCAGUGUUGUACUUUGUAAGUGCGGACAGCAUUUUGUGCAGGUUGCCAGUUGUACCAGUACCAUAUAGGGUGUGAAGCCCAAACCAACAGUCCUUCCUGUCCAGUCCAAACCCUAAUAGUAUCAGUGCUUUAAACAUACACUGGUCACUUAGAGUCAUUUCCUCUUUGGCUAACAAUUCUCAUUCUAUCAAUUAGCUUUUGUCAAAACACUAUUUUAACUGCUUCAAAAGAGCAGCAACUAACAGUAACUGAACGCUACUGUGUGUAAAACAAAGCUUUUCUGGUUUCUUUUUCAAAUGUAUUAUACUUAUACUGAUAAUGAUGGCGAUGGUGUGCAUUCCAAGUCUUAUCAAUAUUAAAAUGUGAUCAGAUGUAAUCAGUGUGUGAACCAAUAAAAUGACAAUGCAGAGAG